AUGUAUUUCAAGCCCCUCGCCGUCGUGGCCCUAGGCCUGGUCACCGUCUUCCCCGUCGCUGCCGACACAACGAGCACCAUCGACGCAAAGUCCAACCGCGGCACGUGGGAAGGAUGGGGAACCUCUCUCGCCUGGUGGGCAAAGGCCUUUGGCACCCGUGAUGACCUCGCUGACAUCUUCUUCACGACCAAAACCACGACCUUCGGCGGCGCGAGCCUGCCCGGUCUCGGCUUUAACAUUGUCCGUCACAACGCCGGUGCCUGCAGCACCAACAGCAUCAACGGCGAGAGCAUGGUUGUCUCGACCAAGAUGAUGAAGUCCCGUCAGAUGGACGGGCACUGGGUCGACUAUACCAACUCCGAUCCAUCCUCGAGCGCCUGGAAGUGGGACGUCGACGUCAGCCAGCGCACCAUGAUGCAGAAGGCCAAGACGCGCGGCGCCAACCACUUCGAGCUCUUCUCCAACUCGCCCAUGUGGUGGGCGACUAAGAACCACAACCCGUCAGGCUCGGAUGACGGCAGCGAGAACAUCCAGUCGUGGAACCUGCAACAGCACGCCAUCUACAUGGCCAAUAUUGCACAGUACGCAAAGGACAACUGGGGCAUCACUUUUGAGACGGUCGAGCCCUUCAACGAGCCCACUGCCAACUGGUGGAAGGCCGACGGCACUCAGGAGGGCUGUCACAUCGACGUCGCCACACAGGCGACCAUCAUCAACUACCUCCGCACGGAGCUCAACAACCGCGGCCUCUCGACCAUGGCCAUCGCCGCCUCGGAUGAGUCUUACUACGACCACGCCGCCACCACGCUCCGGGACCUUGGCGACGUCGCUCUCAAGAACGUGGGUCGUAUCAACGUCCACGGGUACCAGUACGCAGACGGCGACCGAGACGAGGUCUACUCCCUCGCAUCGGCGCGCGGCCUCCGUCUUUGGAACUCCGAAUACGGCGAGAACGACGCAACAGGCGAGCGCCUCGUGAGCAACGUGAUCCUCGACUUCCGCUGGCUCCGCCCGACAGGCUGGGCGUACUGGCAGGUUCUUGACGGCGGCGGCUGGGGCCUCAUCGAUGCGGACAAUGAGGCCGGAACCUUGGGCUCCGCGAACCAGAAGUACUUUGUGCUCGCGCAGUUCGCGCGUCACAUCCGCGAGGGCAUGCAGAUCCUGGACGGUGGUGCGGACAACGUGGUGGUAGCGUACGACGCCGUCAACUCCAAGCUCGUCAUCGUGGCCGUUAACUGGGGCGACGCUCAGUACCUCAACUUUGAUCUGAGUAAGUUCACGCAGGCAGCAACUGACGGGGCGGCUGUGACCCGGUGGAGGACACAGAUUGGGACUGGGGACCGGUAUGUGCAGUCGAGCGACACUGUCAUGAGCGGGACUAGAUUUUGGAGUUACUUCCCGAGCAAGAUGGUACAGACGUUUGAGAUCCCGAAUGUCAAGUUGUAG